CCACAGGCAUGACCGUGGAGAAACCAGCCGCAGGUGUUCGCACCUUCGGCGGCCUGAACAUCCUGAGGCACCUGGCGAGUCUGGGGGCUCACCCCGCCUCCGUGGCUUACUCCAUGACCACGCUGGGAGCAGGCAUGAUGAACAGCAUAUUCAGCUUCUAUGUCAAGCUGUUCCUCAACAAAUACAAGAUAUCAGAGGGAGCUUUCCAUCAGUCACAAGUGGUGUACAUGGUGUGGAACGCAGUGAACGACCCUCUGUUCGGCUACCUGCAGGAUAACUCCCGCGUACCGUGCUGCUCUCAACGUCGUCUCUCCAUCCUGUAUGGUGCUCCCUUCUACGCAAUCGCCUUCCUGCUCGCCUGGUUUCCAUGGCGAGAGUAUGCCCCGGCGGACUGCGGCGACUGGAUGAGCGGCGUCCACCUGAUGGUGGCGUUGUGUGCGUUCGACGGGAUGCUGACGUUUGUGUUGCUGGCGCAGUGCGCCCUCUUUGCAGAGAUAUCAGGCCACCACCAGAGCAGGCUGAGACUCAUCAAAUACAACCAGGUGGCGUCACUUAUAGGUUCCUCCAGUGUUCUAUUCUGCGGCCUCCUCUCCCRGAACAUGGAUGACUUCCCAUCCUUCCAGGGCUUCACUGUCCUGGUGGCCGUUCUGGCUUGUGGCUGCAUGAUCUACACAGGCCUACACAGCGAGAGCCGCUUUGACACCAAAGGGUCAGCACCGGGGUCAAACUACCAAGGUUCUGGCCAAUCAACUCUUUCCUUCUCCUUGGUGACCUCUAUGACCUUGCAGAUCCUGACCAAUAGGGACUUCCAGCUCUUUGUGCUCAUGAACUUCUUUCAGGUCUUCAUGGUGGCAUUCUGUAAUAACUUCACUAUGAUCUUCGCGGAGCAUCUGAUACCCCCCAACGUGCUUCCGUCACUGGCCAAGAGCUUCAUGUAUGGAGCUGGAUUCAUCUGUCCUCAGUUGGUUGUGCUGAGCAGUCAGAGCCUGCUCCACGACCUAGGCUACUACAAGAUCAUCCUGCUCACCUUCUACGUGGAAGCUGGCAUGGCUGCUG